AUGUACAGAUUAUCCUCCAAAAAUACGAACGAAUUUGUAUCUGAAAUUAAAGAAGGGGAUUUGGAAGAGUUCAAUGAUGAAAACUUUCAAGACAUUCAAGGCCUAUCGGAUAUUUCAGACGAAUUAAGUGAUAACAAAGGUACUCAUUUGAAAACCGAUGAUAAAUAUUACAAUAUACUUAACAGAGAGAUCUUUAUAAAUAAAUUUAAAAAAACCAAAAAUUGGUGUUCACUGUUUUGUGAUUUGGACCACUUUCAAAAAAUCAAUAAACAAUAUAGUUGUGAGACUGGUGAUCACGUUUUAGAAGAAUUAUCUAAUUUAAUCAAAAAUAACCAUAUUUCUGAUAAAGAUGAGUUUGAUAAAUGUGGAGGAAAGUUUAUUAUUUUUCUCAUUGAUAUAAAUUUAGAUUUAGCCCAUGAAAUUGCUGAAGAAAUUCGAUCUUCUGUUGAAACUUAUCCAUUUAUUUUUAAUGAGGAAAACCUACCGUCAAUUACGCUUAGCAUUGGAGUUUCUGGAAUGAACUCCUCGGUAAAUAGUUGUAAAGACUUAUUAAAUCAUGCUGUAGAAGCUUGUAAAACGGCAAAAGAAUAUGGUCGCAAUCGAGUAGUGAUAUGGGAGAAUGAACAAAUUUCUAUCAAUAUAGAUGACAGUACGGUCCAAUUCCUCUAUGAAUCUGCCGAAAAAGGAAAUAAAUCAAAUACAACAUACUUUGGUGUUCCUCUUAAGAAUGAUAUAGAGAUGCAUAACAAGACCGAGACCGAACCUGAUAUUACUAUUAAUAAUGAUAAUUCAAAGGUCUGGAAUGAUAAAAACUCGGAUUUUGUGUCAAUUCGUGCAGAAAUUAUACAAGAAACAGCUGCCACUAAACGAUUAUUUUCAUUGCUCAUUAAACAAAAAGCUGAAAUUGAUAAAGUACUAGAUUCGCACCCAGUAUAUGCUCUGGGACCUGACUUUCAGCAAGGUUACUCUGUACCAUGUAUUGCCUGCUGGGUCGCGGAGCCUCUCAAAAUUGUACAAAUAGAACAACUCUCAGUUUUAUUUGAUAACGAAUUUGAAAUAAUUAAUUAUGUGGUGGAAAAACAAUGUGAAUCAUUAAAAGAUGAAAUAGACCUGAAUAGAAAUGAAAGAGGUGGUGAUGGAGAUGAAAACAAUAAAGGCAGUGACAUAGGCAACCCAUUUAUCCAAGUUAAGUCUGUAGCAAAUGUUAAAGUCGAUGACGAUUUUCAAAGUUUUACCAUAAAUAUUAAAAUCAAUGCAAAUAUUAGUAAUGAACCACGUUUAUCUAGAAAUUUUCUAGAAUUUGGAAUUGAUUUCUCCCUUUGUGAAGUGGGGCAGAUGCUUAAUGAAAUUUGUAAAUCACUUCCGGGCUUUGUAGGCUAUUAUCCUGAUUCAAUUUUAAUUGAGGUCUCUCCAAUUUGUUAUGAUGCAGGUGCAAUCAAUGUUAUUGAUGUAGCAAAAGAAUAUAGCCCACGAAAUCAUGAUCAAGAAAUAGAACUUGUGGCAAGUCGUGAGACAAGUUUAGGUGGUCAAAUAAGUUUCACAGCACCAAAUAAUAUGGGCAUUACAGCUAACUAUGCUGGUAUAAAUAGUCAUAGCACGAGAGCAACGACAAGUAAAUGGAGAAUGAAAAUGAAUGGCUGCCCAAGCAAAGGGGUAAAAUGGGCUUAUAAUUUCAACACUUAUGAUCUAAAAGAGAAUGAUGCUGAUAGAGAAUGGCCGAAUACACGCCCUCAUUUUGGUUAUUGGUAUACUACAGAUGAAAUGAAAGGGUUUAAAAUCAUCAUUGUGCAGAUUUUAUGUUGCAGGUUCAAAAACAGGCUUUUUCGCCCUAAAUUAAAAAUCAUAAAAUGCCCUAAAAUUGGUCAUAAACUUGAAGUUUCUUUCAAUAAUUUAACAAACUUCAAUGAAGGUUUCGAAAAAUUAUCUGAAAAGAUACACAGAGAACAUGAAGACAUUAUUUUAAACCUUAAAGGCAAUAAUCUCGAUUUAAUAAGCAGCACUAAUAAUGAAUCUGUUUUUCAACAAGAAGAUUACAUGAGUCUUAACCGAGAAUUUUCUCGGGAAACAAAAUAG